AUGAAUAAUAACAAUGUAUUAACCAAUGAACAAUGGUCAGAAAUUUCGGAAGCGAUUAAUUUAGCUGAUCAAACAGGUGAUCGUUCUGUACUCAAUGGAAUAUUAAUAUCAAUUAUGAAAAAUUUUAUUGAAUCUCUUGAUAAUGAUGAUGAAGAUGCUGAUUUUCAAAAAAAUGACGAUGAUAAUAUUGAAAAACAGUUUGUAAUUGUAUUAAUUGAACGUGAACUUGCUGAAAUGAAUACUAUUAAUGUUUGUCCAAAUUGGUGUUGUUGUCGUCGACGAAAAAUUCAACCUUUAAAUCAAAAUACUCAUCGAUUUUCAGAUUAUUUAAUUAAUAUAGCACGAGCAAUAUCAUUUGAUAGAAAUAAUAACGGAUUUAUUUCAAAAGAAAUUAUACAGUAA